AUGCUUUCUAAGAUGCUUUCCACGUUGGACUCUAGUUAUUUGCCGUCAAUCGACACAGAUGCGUCUCCGGAAAUCCAACUUCGUACCAUCGGACGUCGUAAGGAAGCCAUCACAACGGCGAAGAAUGGAAUCGAGAAGGCUUUGGGAACUCUUAGAUCGCGUUAUCAAGCCUUGUUGUUGUUUGCUCGGACUCAGGACCAGGAAGAAGUCCUCCGCGACGCCGAUCAAUUUUGGAUUGACCAGCAAGGAGAGCAGCUUCUCGAUCAAGCUCAGGAUACCAUCAUAGAACUUGACGCUCAGCUCAUCGCGGCCCUCAACAUUCAGACUUCUCUCCUGUCACAUCUUCAGAAGGACUUGACUACAGCUACAGGUUCCUUGGCUGUAACGGAUUCACCACGUUCCAUCAGCGAAGUACCAUCCCAAGAAAAUCAGGAUUCUCCUCAUCAGACGAGCCCCCUAACUCCAUCACAGGGGAUAGUCCCUCCGCUGUUGCCGAUUCAACUUCGACGUGUUGAGCUACCAACUUUCGACGGAGAUAUCACCCAGUAUCACGACUUCUGGAGCAGGUUCCGAACAGCAGUUCACGAUAACGGCGCCCUUUCGCCAGCUACCAAGUUCAUCUACUUGACGAACUCACUCAAGGUAAGUGCUGCGUUGAUGAUCCAGGGCUAUGAUCCAUCUCAGCCUGACAAUUAUCGCCUAGCCAUUGAAGCGCUUCGAAGGAGAUAUGAUCGUCCACAAUAUACCCACCAUCUAUUCCUUCAUAAGCUGGAGCAGCGUCAACCGUCGUCGUCGUCAGCUACGAGUCAACGAGACACCCUAUGUCAGAUUCAGUCGUUCAUCCUACAACUCAAUCGUUACGAGGAUACAUCUACGUCGUUAGCUCUCAUGAAGUUGAUUCGAAAGAAGUUUCCGAAGGAGACUCAGCUAGAAGUGAACAAGUUGGAACAUCGGUCGAGUAAGACAUGGACCUUACCGGAACUUCUGGAUGGGCUAAACGAAGUCAUUGAGGAAUACGAGAAGUUGGACGAUUAUCUUCCACCCAAAUCCACUUCGGAAUUCAACAUCGCUCCUGUUUCCACUCCUCGCUCCAGAUCUCCAACACCGGAGUCACGUUACGAUUCAAGGACGUGUUGUUUCUGUCACUCGCCCAAUCAUCGUUCUACUCGUUGCCAUCACUACAUGCCUGUGGCACGUCGUCGUGUCAUCGCUAACAGGCAAUCACCAUUAUAUGCUUUGUUCGCGUUCAGCCCGACGAAGUCACCGAUCACCCUCGCUAGAAAGACCUCACCAUUCCCAUUGUCCAUGUUCUACCUCGAGAAGUUCGUCACUCAGUCACGGAAGAAGCUCAUCUUAUGA